AUGGGUCCCAGACGGGGGGUGCUGAAGACGGCCAUGGAGCACUAUCUCUAUGCCCGCUCCCGGACCGCAGAUGAGCUGCUGGGGACAGAGGAGAUAGAAGACAAGAACAGAACUGAAGACCUGAACAGUAAAAUUCAGAAUAUAAUGACAUGGUUCCUGGCUGAAGUAACAAAAGGGAUUUUCAAAAAAUUAUUUGAGCAGCAAAGAGGAACAGAAGCAAAUGGCAUUGACAACUUGAAGAUGCUGCAGGUGGCUGAGAAUGUUGUCAAGAACGUUUUUAUAAGGGUAAAAGAUCUGGAUCGUUCUGUUUGCAUUUUAAAGAAGGCUCCAAUUGAGCUUAGUGAAAGAUUGUUCUGUAGUAAAUUUAAAAGAACCGAAUCUCCAGGGACUUUUCAUAAAGAUUUCCAGAAAGAAAUUGGAUUAGUUGCUAGAGAGAUUGUAGCAACUGUGUUUGAUAACUUCCACAGGUGUUUGGUGUCCUGCAUAUCCACUGCAUCAGUUUCAACUAGCGGAGUUUCCAAAUCAGAAAAAAAUAGAGUCACGCAAUCUGAAUUACCUGUUUAUGACCCACACUUUUCUUUGGCUUCUAUCGAUAAAAUAGCCAAAGAGACGGUUGAAAGUGUUAUAUUCACACUGGAGUCAUUUGUAGCCUUUCAAUUUAAACAUGACUUUAAAUGUAAAUUUUCUGAAAUAAUGAGACUCCCUGUUGAAAAUAGGUCUGGUGCACAACAGAAACCUACAAAUAAAAGAAUUCUGCCCACAUUAGAACCCUUUCAUAGUUUUUCCGACAUAUCAAGGAUUAGCAGUGUGAUUACCAGGGAAAGCAUACAGAAUGCGAUUUGCCAAGUCCAAAAACUCCAUUCAGAACUGAGCAUUUAUGCUAAAAUUGCUGUUACCAAAAUUCUGGAAAUCAUCAAGUGGAAACCUGAAAAAGAAAUUAGCCAAAGAGAAAUAUCUCCAUUUAGUGACAUCUCCGAAGAAAACAUCAUGGCAAGUGAGAUAACUGGUGCCAUAUUAGAGCAAUGCAGUCAAAUUCUCUGCACGGGAUGCUCCCACUACAUCAGAGAGAAUCAGAAAGUCUAUUUUCUACACCACAGCUCCCAAACCAAGAUCUUCUAG